UAGACUACUGAAGAGUGGAUUGUGUACUGAGGGCUCCCAAGUGCUUUCAGAAGCCAAUAAAGGAUCAUUUCAGUUUACUUCAGGGCUAAGGAGUUAACCCUCAAGGACCAUGGCCCAGAAACUGCAAGCAGAGUUGACCUGUCCAAUUUGCCUGGAUUUUUUCUCUGGUCCCAUUUCUCUCUCCUGUGCACACAUUUUCUGCUUUGACUGCAUUCAGAACUGGAUGCUAGAAACCCAUGAUUUGAAAGUGAUGUGCCCCUUGUGUCGAGUAAUGGUGGAGGCACCUUCUUUGGAAGAAUGGCAAGUGAGAGCCAUAGCACUUUUCACCAAGCAGCAUGAUUCCAUAUUUAAGAAAACUCUGCACAUGAGGAAGGAGCUCCAGCAUUACUGGGAGGAUGUGACCCUGGAUGCAGCCACUGCCAGCUCCCACCUUGUCUUCUCCAAUGAUCUGAGAAGUGCUCAGUGUAGGACGAUCCACCACGACCUGACAAAAGAUUGGAGGCUGCUGACCUGUGUCCUGGGUACUCCCUGCUUCUCCUCCGGCCAACAUUACUGGGAGGUUAAAGUGGGAGAGGUGAAGUCGUGGUCCCUUGGCAUCUGCAAGGAAUUGGCUGACAGAAAGAGCAGUGAUUUAUCCCCUGAGCGUGGCUUCUGGAUCAUUAGCAAGGAGGCAGGAGCAAUCCGUACUAAUACCAACCUGAAGAAAAUUCCUGCAAGCCCUGGCCUUUGCUGUGUGGGAAUUUUCCUGGAUGUUGACUUGGAAGAAAUCCAGUUUUUUGAUGUUGAAAAUAAUGCCCACGUUUAUACACACAAUUCUGUCUCCUCUUUAAAGCCUUUGCGUCCAUUCUUCUGUCUUGAGCUGCUGAGAGGAGAAAAUGGCACUGUCCUGACCAUCUGUCCCCUGAGAAAAUCAGUCCUUCCUAGGAGCUUGUUAAGAGGUGAACCUGCAUAGUCAAGGCAAUCCAAAACAAAAAAAACAAAGCUGGAGACAUCACAAUACCCAACUUCAUACACUACAAGGCUACAGUAGUAUAGUUUGUAUCAGUACCAAAACAGCAUGGUACUGGUACAAAAACAGAUAUAUAGACCAGUGGAACAGAUUAGAGAACCCAGAAACAAGACCUCAUAUCCACAACUAUUUUAUCCUUGACAAACCUGACAAAAGCAAGCAGUGGAGAAAGGAUUCCUUUUUCAGUAUACAGUGCUGGGAUAACUGGCUGGCCAUAUGCAGAAGAUCAAAACCAGACCAUUCCUUACGUCACAUACAAAAAUCGACUCAAGAUAGAUGAAAUAAUUAAAUGUCAAACCCCGAAUUGUAAAAACCUUGGAAAACAACCUAAGCAAUAGUAUUCAGGACAUAGGCAUGGGGGCAAAGAUUUCAUGACAAAGAUGCCAUAAGCAAUUGCAACAAAAGCAAAAAUUGACAAACGGGAUAUAAUUAAACUAAAGAGCUUCUGCACAGCAAAGCAAACUACCAAGCGAGUAAACAGACAACUUAGAGAAUGAGAACGAAUUUUUGCAAGCUAUGCAUAUGACAAAGGUCUGAUAUCCAGCAUCUAAAAGGAACUUAGGUUUCCAAGAAAAAAACCAAACAACUUUAUUAAAAAGUGACAAGAGGGAUCAUGAGGUCAAAAGAUUGACACCAUCCUGGUCAACAAGGUGAAACCCUGUCUCUACUAAAAAUUCAAAAAUUAGCUGGGCAUGGUGGUGCGUGCCUGUAGUCCCAGCUACUCGGGAGGCUGAGGCAGGAGAACUGCUUGAACCCAGAAGGCGGAGGUUGCGGUGAGCCGAGAUCAUGCCAUUGCACUCCAGCCUGGGUAACAACAGUGAAACUCCGUCUCAAAAAAAAAAAAAAGAAAAAGGUGA